AUGGCCGCGGAAGGUAGACGGCCUGGGUGCUGUUCUCGCGCGGCAGUGGCGGAGAGCGCGGUGGAGGCUGCGGUGGUGGCGGCGUCCACCCCAGGAGGACGGUACUCGCGGCAGGUGGUGGCGGGGAGUCUUUGCAGCGUCCCACCCCGGGGUUCCAGAGCAGGCAGCAGAAGAUGUGAGGAAUGGAAUUCGGGAGAAACGGGAGGGUGCUGGGAGAAACAGGAGCAAGAGCGUGCAGUGCAGCUGCAGCCACAGCAAGAGACUGGGCAGCUGGAAUGCCAAUUAGCAUUCACCUCGGAAUGCUGGAGUCAGGCGGCCACUGGCCACAGAGGCAACCAAUCAAUUCAAGCAUUGACAAUGCAUUUGGAGAAUGGGAAAGAAGAGAAGAGUAAACUAUUAAAAGAAAUAGAUAGGCUUAACCAUGAAAAUUCUAUCUUGCAAUCAAUAAGAAAACAUCAGGAAGAGGAAAUUCUAGCAUUGAAGACAAAUCAAAGUGAGUCAUUUCAAUCAUUCAUAUGGGAUUUGGAGAAUCAUAAAGAAAAAAUAUGUAAACUACGAAAAGAAAGAGCUAGGCUUACACAUGAAAUUUCUGCCUUAGAGGCAACAACAAAGCGUCAGGCAGAGGAAUGUAAGAACAGUCUGGCAACAAAAGAUGGAAUAAUUCAAUCACUGACAUGCAGUUUGGAGGAUGGCAAAAAAACCAUCAGUGAACUAGAAAAAGAAAUAACUAGGCUUACACAUGAAAUUUCUGCCUUAGAGGCAACAACAAAGCGUCAGGCAGAGGAAUGUAAGAACAGUCUGGCAACAAAAGUAAGUCCAUAUAUGAAGGCCAUUUUUGUAUUCAUUUCUGAAAUACUUAGACGAAAAUUUCCCGUGUCUUGCAGUAAUAUCCAACCACCUUUUGGGAGUUAUGCAUAUUCUCCCUGGUCAUAUAUUUGACAUAAUCAUCUUAUAACUGUUUGUGAAUAGUAGUUUAAAUACUCUGAGCCUACAGAAGUUCUCUGAAUUUGUAAGAUUUAUGACUCUGACAAUAAGAUUUGUUUUUUUUUUUGAGACAGGGACUAUGUAGCCCAGGCUAGCCUCUGAGAAAGUGACUAUGUAUCCCAGGCUAAUACCAAAUUCAUGUGGUGAUUUACUUUACUUCCAGACUUCUGGGAUGA